ACUAAAACUGCUGCAAAGUAAGAAAUAAACAUCAGCAGAUCAGGAAAUUAACAGGCGCGAUUAGCAAACAGAACUCUGGUGUGAUGGAACAGAAACAAACAGAAAUCAACCCUGGAAGUAAAACCUAAAACAAGGAAAGAGAAAUAAAGUAAAAAAAAAAAAAAACAGGCAAAGAAAGUCCCUUUAAUCAGUGAAAACCUGCUCAGGAGUGAGAAGCUGGCGGCAGCAACGCAAACAAACUCCACUUUGUUCAAAUAUUUGAGCGGCCCGCAGCAUCUGAUAUGUGCCAGCUCACGUUUAUAGCGCUCCUGUUGAACACAUCCUGCUGUCAAGGAUGUGAGCCUGCGGGUUUGUGUUUGAAUGUCACUGAUAUGACGGAGCAGCAAACGCUUCCUCUCUCAACAUGCCAGCAGCGAUGCACCUCACUGUCCUGCUUUCCCUGCUCACAGCGACAGCCUGCCGUGGGAGCACAGUUUCCCCUACUGUGACGGCUACGACUGCUUCCUAUGCUACCCAGAGCUUAACAACAUCAUCCACAGUGGAAACCUCAGCCGUCACACCCCAGCUUCAAACGACGACGCAGACGACCACCAACCUUACUUCAGCUUCACCACAGACAGCAGAGCAGACCAGCCUGAGCAGCGCUACCCUGAACACAACGGUCACGGUCACCCAAACGUCCAAUGAGACCGUCACUCAGAACCAGACGGUCCCGCUGACAUCCGAGUCUCUGAAUGUCACAGCUGGUACCUCAGGAAACAAAACCAGUUCAGAUCUUUCAGGCAACAAGGAAAAUUACAACUUGGCAGAAAAUCCUGGCCUGGUGGCCGUCAUCUGCAUCUUUACUAUUGUCUUUGGCCUCUUACUGGUGGUUAUGAUGGUGAAAUGCGUCAGAUCGUCGAGGUCCGACUUUGAGAGGCUCGAAGACGUUCCCAUGGGUAAAGUGAACGAAGCCUCUCCCUUCGCUCAGUACACAAAAUGACAGAAGACUCUUCACUGGACAACAACUCAUCAACAAUUGUUUCUGGGCUGUCAACAACAGUCAGAAGGGACUCUAAGUUUAAAUAUAUAAUCGUAAAUUGCACUUUUGUCAAUGCUAAUGAAAUUGACUAGAUCAACUUUGACUUGAUUACUUAGCUGCUGGUAAUUCACUUGAUUCAGACGGGGACUCUUAAUCAAAUAACUCUGACCUCGCUCUGCUUUCCUUUCUUUUGAGAAGAGAAUUAGCCUAAAAAAAUAAAUGAAAACAGUGAAAUGUAUCCUUAAAAUCUUCAGUUCUACAUGUAGACUAAUGUAAUCUAAAUGCACAAAAGCCUUUGGGGGGAAAUAUUUUAUUGUGGCCUCUGACGGGUUUUCUUCUAGGAUUUCCAUUUAUCUCCAUUCUUCUUUGGUCACAUCAACUCUGAUCAGUUUCCUUGUAUCUGCUAGGCAAACAUUCCCACAGCAUGAUGCAGCCACCACCAAAUGCCACUAAUAAUUUAUUAUCUAUUAUAUUUACUAAUUGGAUUACUUCAGUAGUUUGCCAUGGAUUUCUGCAGGUAUAGGAGUAAAAGUGGCAGAAUACAAAUGUAUGUAAGACUUUCCACAUUUUAGUUUGCAAGAAAAAAAACAUUUUUUUCUGUUUCCUCUUUUGCUCUGUGGUACUUUUUCUCCAUCACAUAAAAUCCCAAUAAAAACAGUGAAACAUUUGUGGUCGUAAUGUAGCAGAAAGCAAAAUGUUAAAGACAAAUAAAUAAUUUUGCAAGGUAUUGUAUUAUACCUAUAUAAUUCUAUAAUGUGUUUUGAGAAUUUAAAGGUAAAGAUAAUGCUGUGCCAGUUAUUGUGACUGACAGAAUAAAGAUGUUAUCAGUUUUUCAGAUUGUUACAAAUCCAGGCCUGUUUUUUCAGGCAAAAAAAAAAAAAAUCUAAUUAUUAAUCUGUGAUACGAUGCAUGAGUGUUUUGGAAGUUAAUAUCGUAUUAUAUAUGCAAUAAAAAGUGUAGUUUAUAGCUACUUUUAAACUCGUAAAGGCUUUUUAUUACCUCAAAUCCUAAUGGCUUUGCUCUUAAACUCAGAUGAUUUCUGUCUUUAUUUUACACCUCUAAAUAAAUCCCAUUUAAUGUUAACAUUAUUUUAUUACUGGCAUACUGUAGUAUGUUGCUGCUGUAGUAAUGACUUAGUGUGAGUCAGGGGUUUUAAUAAAUUGCAGCUGUUAAAUGAAU